AUGUAUUGGCUCUAUGCGGCCUCCUUCAUGCUCAUUGUAUUCUUCACCCUCUUGAACUUCUUCCUUGCGAUCGUCGUUGAUGCUUUUGUAGCAGUCAAGGACGAGUACGACAAGCUCCACUGCACCUACAACUUCAUCUACGACGUGGGCAUGAUACCCAGGAGCUUGUACAUGCACUUUAAGCUCAAGCUUCCGGUGCGCAAGAAGUUCAUCGCCUACCUGGAGGAAUCGCUCGAGAACAUCAAGGAG